CCUCUGUAAUUUUACAGGCUUAGUGGCAUGUCCAGUCUGCGGCGAUGUGGCCAAUGGCUACCAUUACGGCAUGUUCACGUGCGAGUCCUGCAAGUCCUUCUUCAAGCGCAGCGUGAUGCAGCAGAAGGUUUACGAGUGCACUAGGGCUUCCGACAAGUGUCGCAUUAAUGUCAAUACCAGGACUAGAUGUCCCUCUUGCAGGUUCGAAAAAUGCAAGCGUGUUGGCAUGAUGACAGAGCUGGUGAGGAUGUCCGGGGAAAGGGGGGGAAGGCAUUCAUUCCCCUCAAAAAUUGGUGGCGUCCGGGGGAAACUUCGGUUCCCGUAUCUGGUUGAAAGAAAGUCAAAAGGGAGCAAAAUUACUAAGUUGAUUUAACCAACCUAGUGUCCGACCAAAAAUGGAUUUUUGCCGUAAAUGAAACCGAAACCGAAACCGAAGGUUCGGUUUUGCUCAUGUUUCGACCGAAACCGAACUUUCUGCCGAAACAUGAUAUUCAGGGUCUCCCCAGCUAUAUAGAAUAAAAUUAAAUAUAAUUAUUUUAUUCGUAAGCACAAACAAACGAGACAUUACAUAAUAGACAAGUUUUCAUCGAAUAAAAUUAGUGCCACGAAAUGGC